AUUGUCACUUACAAACUAUUCCGAACCCCGAUUCCUAGUGAUCUACGUGAACUGCCAAAAUAAUAUAUAUAGCAAGUCCAAUUCCUUGAAAUUUUCCUUUCGCUAUAGUUUUCUCAAUGUCGCUCCCCAAAAAUCGAGGGCUGGUCAAGACAGCCGUCGGCAAAGCUGCCAUCCUCCCCAUCCCAAUCCCCAGACUUCGAGAUGAAUAUAUCCUCGUUAAGACCGUGGCUGUAGCGCUCAACCCCACCGAUUGGCAAACGCUUGAUGAGAGAUUCCGGCCGGGGACUACGCAUUCAUUGCUAGGCUGUGACGCGGCUGGUGUUGUUGUUGAGGUUGGUAGUAAAGUCACGAAGGAGUUUAGGAAGGGGGAUCGAGUAUUUGGGUUUUCUCAUGGAGGCAAUGAUCUCGAACCCGAAGAUGGCUGUUUCGCGGAAUACAUUCUGAUGAAAGGCGAUAUAUCAAUGCACAUCCCACCAAACGUCUCUUUCGAGGAGGCUGCUACGUUGACGUGUGGAUUUGGUACUAUCGGACUGGGCUUUUAUAAGCAUUUGGGACUACCGUUUCCUACGCUACCAGUCGAGAAGAAGAGUGAGGGCCAGGCGAUCCUGAUUUAUGGAGGGAGUUCAGCGAGUGGGACGAUGGCUAUUCAAUUUGCGAAAUUGUCAGGUCUUGAGGUCAUCACUACAGCAUCACCGCGUAAUUUCGAGCUUUUGAAGAGUUUGGGGGCUGAUCACGUGUUUGACUAUCACGAUCCCAAUUGCGGCACAGUAAUAAACGCACUAACAAACAACACCCUAACCCUUGUCUUCGACACAAUCGCCACCACCUCCUCGGCCCUAAUCUGUGCCGCCGCCCUCUCAACCACAACCUCCCCUUCCCUGCCCAAAAAGAUCUACGUAAACCUCAUGGGCAUCGAGUUCCCCCGAAAAGACGUAGAGAAUAUCUUUUAUUUGGGGUAUACGAUGCGAGGCGAGCCGUUUGAGAUCGAAGGCGAGAAGUGGGAUGCGGUGCCGGAGGAUUAUGAGCUUGCGAAGAGGUUUUUUGCGUUUUGUGAGGUUUUGUUGAGGGAGGAUUUGGUGAAGGGACAUCCGGUUAGGUUGUUGGAGGGGGGUUUGGAGGGCAUUCAGGGUGGGAUGGAGGAGUUGAGGGAGGGAAGGGUGAGUGGGGUUAAGUUGGUGGCGAGGGUGGGAGAGCCUUGA